GACGACCUGACAGCUGGGGCCUUUUCUGGGACUUCUUGAGGGCACUUUGCACCCCAGGAAAGAGGUGAUUCCGAAAUGGAGCAGGGGGUUUGCCAAAGGCCAGCAAGCGGCAGUUGAAAGAGCAAAGGGUCCCGAGUGAUGGUGGUUUACACGGAGGACAAGCUGAGCCCUGCAAAACUGGUUAGCACGGCGGAGCCCGGAGCGGCGCCUGCUGGCUGGUGGGUGUGAACCGCGGGAUCUCCGCGUCUCAAGCCAAGAGGAAGCAUGUCUAAGAAGGGCCGGAGCAAGGGCGAGAGGCCCGAGAUGGAGACUGAUGCCGUGCAAAUGGCUAACGAGGAGCUGCGGGCCAAGCUCACUAACAUCCAGAUCGAGUUCCAGCAGGAAAAGAGCAAGGUGGGCAAACUGCGCGAGCGGCUGCAGGAGGCCAAGCUGGAGCGCGAGCAGGAGCAGCGGCGGCACACCGCUUACAUCUCGGAGCUCAGGGCCAAGCUGCACGAAGAGAAGACCAAGGAGCUGCAGGCGCUGCGCGAGGUGCUCAUCCGGCAGCACGAGCAGGAGGCGGCGCGCACCGCCAAGAUCAAGGAGGGCGAGCUGCAGCGGCUGCAGGCCACGCUGAACGUGCUGCGGGACGGCGCGGCCGACAAGGUCAAGACGGCGCUCCUGGCCGAGGCGCGCGACGAGGCGCGCAGGGCCUUCGACGGCGAGCGCCAGCGGCUGCAGCAGGAAAUCCUGGAGCUCAAGGCUUCGCGCAAGCAGGCCGAGGAGGCGCUCAGCAACUGCAUGCAGGCCGACAAGACCAAGGCGGCGGACCUGCGCGCUGCCUACCAGGCGCACCAGGACGAGGUGCACCGCAUCAAGCGCGAGUGCGAGCGGGACAUCCGCAGGCUGAUGGACGAGAUCAGAGGGAAAGACCGUGUGAUCCUGGCCUUGGAGAAGGAACUCGGCGUGCAGACCGGCCAGACCCAGAAGCUGCUUCUUCAGAAGGAGGCUUUGGAUGAGCAGCUGGUUCAGGUCAAAGAGGCUGAGCGGUACCACAGUAGUCCCAAGAGAGAGCUCCCACCUGGCAUCGGGGACAUGGCAGAGCUCAUGGGCGUCCAGGAUCAACAUAUGGACGAACGAGACGUACGGCGAUUCCAACUGAAAAUUGCUGAACUGAACUCGGUGAUACGGAAGCUGGAAGACAGGAACACCCUCUUGGCAGACGAGAGGAACGAGCUGCUGAAACGCUCCCGGGAGACCGAGGUCCAGCUGAAGCCCCUUGUGGAGAAGAACAAGCGGAUGAACAAGAAGAAUGAAGAUUUGCUGCAGAGUAUCCAGAGGAUGGAGGAGAAAAUCAAGAGCGUCAUGAGGGAGAAUGUGGAAAUGAAAGAGAAGCUGUCGGCGCAGGCGUCCCUGAAGCGGCACACUUCCUUGAACGACCUCAGCCUGACGAGGGACGAGCAGGAGAUCGAGUUCCUACGGCUGCAGGUUCUGGAACAACAGCACGUCAUCGACGACCUCUCGCUGGAGAGAGAACGUCUCUUGCGCUCCAAACGACAUCGCGGGAAAGGUCUGAAGCCACCCAAGAAGCAUGUUGUGGAGACAUUUUUUGGAUUUGAUGAGGAGUCUGUGGACUCUGAAACCUUGUCAGAAACCUCCUGCAACACGGACAGGACGGACAGGGCCCCAGCCACGCCCGAGGAAGACUUGGAUGAUACGACGACGAGAGAAGAGGCCGACCUGCGGUUCUGCCAGCUGACCAGGGAGUACCAGGCCCUGCAGCGGGCCUACGCCCUGCUUCAGGAGCAGGUGGGGGGGACGCUGGAUGCUGAGAGAGAGGCCCGGACUCGGGAACAGCUCCAAGCUGACCUGCUGAGGUGUCAGGCGAAAAUCGAAGAUUUGGAGAAGUUGCUCGUCGAGAAGGGACAGGAUUCCAAAUGGGUUGAAGAGAAGCAGCUUCUCAUCAGGACAAACCAGGACCUGCUGGAAAAGAUUUACAGACUGGAAAUAGAAGAGACUCAGCUGAAGAACGAAAUGCAGGACGCCAAGGACCAAAAUGAGCUGCUAGAGUUCCGAGUGCUGGAGCUCGAAGAGAGAGAGCGGAGGUCGCCAGCAUUUAACCUCCAAAUCAGCACCUUCCCCGAGAACAACAGAAGCGCUCUCCAGCUGUUCUGUCACCAGGAAGGAGUUAAGGAUGUGAAUGUUUCUGAACUUAUGAAGAAGCUAGAUAUCCUUGGCGAUAACGGGAAUUUGAGAAACGAAGAACAGGUUGCAAUAAUCCAAGCUGGAACAGUGCUUGCCCUGUGCGAAAAGUGGCUGAAGCAAAUAGAGGGGACUGAGGCGGCCCUGACCCAGAAGAUGCUGGAUCUGGAGAAGGAGAAGGACCUGUUCAGCAGGCAGAAGGGCUACCUGGAGGAAGAGCUGGACUACAGGAAGGAGGCCCUGGACCAGGCUUACCUGAAAAUCCAGGAGCUGGAGGCCACGCUGUACAACGCGCUGCAGCAGGACCCGGGGCGGAGGGCCAGCGAGGCGCUGAGCGAGGGCCAGCGGGAGGAUCUGCAGGCCGCCGUGGAGAAAGUGCGCAGGCAGAUCCUGAGGCAGAGCCGCGAGUUCGACAGCCAGGUUCUGCGGGAGCGCAUGGAACUACUGCAGCAGGCCCAGCAGAGAAUCCGAGAGCUGGAGGGUAAGCUGGAGGUCCAGAAGAAACACCUGAAGGAGCUUGAGGAGAAGCAUUCAUUCUGUGGCCUUGAUGACGUCAGUGAGCAAAGAACUCGGGAUAGAAAAAGAGCUUAUGGAAUACAUUGAGUCCCUGCGGCAUCCCCAACCCCACUCACACCAAAAUCCAACGGCAAAGCAAGCUCCUUCAAGCCAGAGACUGAAAACAGAAUUCACGUGUACUUGACGAGAAGGCCUUUUGAUCUACGGCUGGGUCCUGGCUGGGCCGAGCUGUAGGAGCCCCGAAGACGCUGGGGGUUUUGUCAAGCUCGGGGCCACAUCCGAGCCCCCACUCUGGCACCAUCAGAGCCCAAGGGGCAGAGACCUGAAUACCAGGAAACUAAGUGCAAUUACUGGAAUCCAAGUCACUGGGGAGCCACUGCGCGGCCGGGGGCCAGGCCAGAGCCCUUGUCCCCGCACUGCAUGCCUCCCCUGGACGCAGACUUCUGUACAUAUGUCUCCACGAACUGUGCUCCGUGUACCCGGAAUCUGCCAGCCAAGUGACUUGCAAGUGUCCCUGUGAUCUGAACCCGAAGUCAAGCCCCAGUCAGCAAAACCCUUCGAGAGCCCUGUGCAGCUGAUCCAGCGGGUGGCCACCAGGGGGAGAGAGAGAGAGAGAGAGAGAGAGAGAGAGAGAGAGAGGGCGCGCGCGCGCAGGACUCUGACUAGGGGCAGGAGCCUUGCCCACUGUGGAGGGCGGAUCCAAGGACCUCAGAUGUCCAAGAAAGAAGCCACAGGCACCAUCACUCUCCUGGAUGGGACCCGGUGAAAGCCUCAGAGCAUGACUGUCCCUGGAGCGAGGACAGAGAAGGUGGACGCCGUCCCCGACCACACCAUGCCCCGCGCUGUCUCGCAUCUUGGUUGUAAUUUGCAAGACGCCGCCGAGGGAAGAUGCCGGGAGGCGGAGUGUUGUGUGGAGCAUCUGUGGGGGACGAGCCUCCCCCCGCAUCGGUCUGACACCAGGGCGGCCCUCUCUCAGUUGUGGAGGAGGGAGCCCUUCCUGAUCUUGGGGCCUCCGAAUGGAACCUUCGGGCAGACGGCGCGCCCGGGACAGCCAAGGAGGCCAGGCAGCGGCUGCUGAGAGUCGGGCCCCGGAGGCAGAGCCCCCGAGGAGAGAAGUGAC